AUGUCAAUUGGCGGAAACACGGAGAUCUGGGAAAAAAAAGUAAGGAAAACAAAAAUUAUGGACCCUACCGAGGAAUACGACCAACUGAUAAGGCCAGUAAUGAUCUCGUGCCACGUGUUUGGCUGCUGGUCCCAACAAGGCCCCGGAGGAAUAAUUUCGAGCAAAUUCCACCGGACGGCCAUACUGUUGUUCGCGCUGAUCGCGUCUACGUCAACGACAGCUGGAGCCGUGGUAUUUUGGGGUCUGGACAUGAACGAGACCAUCGAGUGCAUUCUCGUGUUGUCCGUCUUGAACCUGGCGCUACUGAGGAUCAUCGUUUUCGCGAGCAAACGCAAGGACAUGAUGCUCAUCGUGGAAACGAUGAGAAACGAUUGGCUCGAUUCCAGUCCCUUCGAGAGAUCCGUCCUGAGAAACAAGUGCCGGCUCGCGUUCAAACUCGCAAAGUUCUUCAUCAUCAGCGUCGCGAUGACGAUCCUCAUGUUCGCGCUCAUGCCGAUCAUCGAGGUGAAACUGGCCGAUGGAGAAACAGGUCAGAGCAAGCUACCUUUCCGAGGUUAUUACUUUUUCAACCACACGACAUCGCCACGCUACGAGUGCACGUAUUUUGUAAAUUCGGUGAUUGGCUGCUUCAGUAGUAGCACCAUUGCCGGUGGCACGAGUUUUUGUCUCAUAGCGACGAUCCACGCCGCGGCCAAGUUUGCCCUCGUCCAGAGGGACUUUCGGACCCUCGACUCCUCGGACUGGACUGCUGGUGGCCCGAAAAUCGAAGGGGUCGUGCGGAAACACCUCGAGUGCAUCAGAUUUGCCGAAAAAGUCGAGAGCGUAAUAAAUUUUCUGGCACUGGCGCAGUUUAUCACAAGCACCGGACUCAUGUGCUUUGCCGGUUUUCAACUGACAACGAUGCUGGAGGAUAAGACGCGACUACUGAAAUACGCUGCAUUCCUACAGGCGGCUAUCUUGGAGCUGUUUCUGUUUAGCUACAGCGGCCAUAGGCUCAAAACCGAGAGCGAAAAUGUCGCAGAUGUUACCUAUUUGAGCAAUUGGAUUGGUACUUCGUCGCCGACAAAUUUUAAAAUGGUCUCGAUGAGGUCGAGCAAACCGUGCACCAUCACAGCUGGAAAAUUCUACGACAUGUCCCUCGAGUCGUUUUUAAAGGUGAUGGGGUCAUCUUUUUCGUAUCUUACGGUCCUUUUAGCCAUAAAGGAUUAG